UUUUAAUUCUACAAACUCGUCAAAAAAGAGAAGAAGAAGAAGCAUCUUGGGACUUGGGAGACGAAGAGGUGAUUGGCGGCUUUUUCUUAAGAAUCCUUCCUCCGUCGCACGCCGAUUGUAUCUUCUCCGCCGUAAGCUCUCUCUUUCCUUAUCAAAAUCUAAGCUACAGAGGGAUACAAAUGGCUCCCAGAGGAAGAAGAAAGAAGGCUGGAUUGAUGCGAGAGGAUGCAGCACGAGACCGCAUGAGAGAUCUUGGGUUUGAGGAGCGUGUCAUCACUCAGAGUAUUAAGGAAUUGCUAGAGGUCUAUGGUGAAGACCAAUGGUUUUUGAUUGAAGAUGAUAGCUAUGCUUCCCUCCUUUCUAUUUGUCUUGAAAAGCAAGAGAAAGUAAACCAACAACUGGUUGAGGUACAAGCCAACCAAUUGCCUGAGAAUCAAAUUGAAGAGAUGGCUGAGGAUCAGAACCAAGAAAUAGCUGGGAAAGAACAACCUAACCAACUGGUUCAAGAACAAGAAGAAGAAAAUGAGCAGGAGCAGGUGCAGGACAUGGAUGUUGAGCAUGAAAGAGACCAAGCUCAUGAGUUAUCAAUCACUAGCGAAGCAGUCAUAGACCCAUCAUCUGCAACUUUUCAUUUGGGAGAAGCAUCAGCAGAUUUUGCAUUAUGUCCUGUUGAAGGUGUCGAGAAUCUUCACUGUGGAUGGCUAAGUGAGGAGGAGGAAACAGAUGCUGAGGAGGAAGAGACGGAUCCGAAGGAGAAGGAGAAGGAGACGGAACCAAAGGAGGAUAGUGAUGGUGAUGAUGAUGAGAUCAUUCAACUAACUCCAGAACCUCUUUGUGAAGAACUAAAAGAGCUUCUCAUGCAAGUACGUGGGCAGAAGAGGAGGAGGAGAGAAACGAGGUGGGACAAGUAAAGGAAUCAUGAGCUCGUGUAAGUAGAAUUGAAAUACAUAUUAGGAAGCUAAGAAGUAGUAACUACUAAACUCUAGCAAGUUAGUAUUGGGGGUAAACAGGUGAAAUGACCCAUCUUGGCAUCUUUGGGUGGGUCUUCUUGAGAUAUUAUUGGGUUUUAAUAUAAGUAAUUGAUGAACUUGAAAUGCAAAUUUUCUUUA